CUUACUUCUCUCUCUCUCUGUCUCUCUCUCUCACUCUCACACGCACACACACACAGAGUCAUGAGAACUUGAUCAAGUUAUAUGAAUAGGAGGCACAGUACCAGAAAGAUUGCUCGGCUCUCUGGCUAGCUAACCAAAAAAUAUGGAUGGUAAUAACAAGAUAGAAGAGAGGUUAUUGACAUCAACAGAAGGAGGAGAUGGUGGUGGUGGUGGUGGUGGUGGUGGUGAUUUGAAAAAAAGGGUAUGGGUAGAAUCAAGAAAGAUAUGGAGGGUAGCAUUUCCAGGUAUAUUAGCAAGAGUGAGUUCAUUUGGAACAUUGGUCAUUACUCAAUCUUUCAUGGGACACAUUAGUGAACUUGAUCUUGCUGCCUAUGCUCUUGUCCAAACUCUUAUUGUUCGUUUUUCCAAUGGCAUGCUUUUGGGAAUGUCGAGCGCAACUGAAACUCUAUGUGGCCAAGCAUUUGGGGCAGGGCAACACCACAUGAUGGGUAUAUACUUGCAACGAUCAUGGAUUGUCGAUUUCGUUACUAUAACAAUCUUGCUUCCUCUCUUCAUCUUCACAGCUCCCAUUUUUCGUCUACUUGGUGAAGAAGAAGCUAUAGCAAAAGUAGCCAAGAAUAUAGCCCUAUGGUUUAUUGCUUUUAUCUAUAGCCUUGUCUUUGCUGUGACCAUCCAAAUGUACCUACAAGCGCAAUUGAAGAACAUGAUCGUGGCGUGUAUCUGCACUUCCACAUUUGCGAUCCAUGUGCUCUUGUCUUGGAUCUUUGUGAGCAUACUAGACUUGGGAAUACCUGGCGCAAUGGGUGCAUUGGCCAUAUCUUCUUGGUUAGUAGUUCUUGGAGAGUUUGUGUUUGUUUUUGGAGGUUGGUGCCCCCAUUCAUGGAAAGGAUUCACCACUGCCGCCUUCUCUGAUUUAUGGCCUGUUGUAAAGCUCUCAGUAUCCUCAGGCAUAAUGCUUUGCCUAGAGAUAUGGUACAAUUCUGUUUUAAUUCUAGUGGCGGGAUACAUGUCAAAUGCAGAGGUUGCCAUUUCUGCCUUCUCGAUUUGCCUUAAUAUCAGCGCUUGGGAAUUUAUGUUGUGCCUUGGCUUUCUCGGCGCUGCAUGUGUGCGGGUAGCGAACGAAUUGGGAAGAGGAGAUGCUAGAGCUGCAAAGUUUUCAGUUAAAGUUAUAUUGUGUACUUCUGUUCUGUUUGGAUUAAUCUUCUUCGUUCUUUGUUUAAUCUUCGGUCAUGACAUAGCGUACUUGUUUACAAGCAACGAGGAAGUUGCAGCAACUGUUUCCGACCUAUCUGUCCUUCUAGCUUUCACCAUGUUGUUAAAUAGCAUUCAACCGGUACUCACAGGGGUCGCGAUUGGUGCUGGUUUGCAAAGCAUAGUCGCUGGUAUUAACCUUUGUUGCUUUUAUGUGAUUGGAAUUCCGAUUGGAGUUUUGCUUGCAUACGUGGCUGAUCUUGAAGUCAAGGGAAUAUGGAUAGGAAUGACCACGGGGGUGGUAAUGCAAGUUAUUGCACUAGCCUUCAUGGUAUGGAGAACCGAUUGGGAUGAACAGGUGAAUAAGGCAUCUGAACGCCUUGGCCGAUGGUUUUUGAAACCCUCUGAGGAAUCCGAUGAAGUUCUCAAUCACUCUUGAAAUUGAAGAACUAAUAAAGACUUUUCGAAGAGCAUAUCACAUUGUCAUGAAAUGGCAGCUUCAUUUUGAUCCUCCUUGUAGUGAACGAUGUGGUGGAUAAUAAUUAGGCAGAUGUAAGUUGUCAUUCGUUUCCGGCCUAGAAAAUGGAAACUGAAGGCUUGAAAGUUUCGAUUUCAACGAGCUACCGGGCACAAAAGAACUCUCGAGCCUGAGACUUGGGUAGGGAUUGCUUGCUUGCUUGUAAUUUAACAAUGCGAUUGAAGAGUUUGCUGUAAUGUUUUUAUGACAUUUUCAUUUUGCAAAGGUUUUUGUUUGUGAAUCAGAUUUCUCAAGCCUUGAGUAUGCAUUUACUAGUUUUUAGUUGCUUGAAAAUUUCA